AACAAUAUAUCGUGACGUCUAGUACCCCAAGCCCGCGAAAUAUCGUAUGUCCAAGUAAGACUAAGUCAACUGAGUUAAUUGGUCAUGUGACUCCUGCAUUUAAUGGGCUGUGGAGCUUCAACGAACAUUGUAAUCGACCAAUCAAAACCUCCGUACCAAAAACAAACUAUAGCCAGUCAAAACUCUCGUAAUAAGGAUGACAAGUCAAAUCCUGUGAAGGCCGAGCAAGUCAUUAUUGAUAGCAACAAUUCCACGACAGAAAGCGAAUAUACAAUUAUUAAGCACAUAAAUAUGGCGAGUAUAGAAAAAGUGUUUUUUGGAGAUUUAAAUGUGGAAUUCUCUGAAGACAUCAACAUCGUUAGAAUUUUUACGAGUUCUACUUUUACAGAUACCUCGGUGGAAAGAAAUACCCUAAUGUCACGUGUGUAUCCAAGAAUCAAGACAUUUUGCCAAGAGAAAGGUUACGACUUCCAAGUUGUUGAUCUUCGAUGGGGCAUCAGAGAAGAAUCCAUGGAUGAUCAUUCUAUGAGUGAACUGUGCAUGAAAGAGCUGCAGGCUUGUCAGAAGCUGUCCACGGGGCCAAAUUUUAUCACUUUCCUCGGCCAAAAAUAUGGGUAUCGACCUCUACCUCCAAAGAUAGAAGCAGUAGAGCUCGAGCAGCUCAUUCAUGCAAUCGAAGUCCCCGAAAACGUGGAGCUGGUAAAGGACUGGUAUCAAGAAGAUGAUAACAGCGUUCCCUCUGAUUACGUGCUUCAACCAAUCAGCUCGCGCCUGGUUCAUUUCAGAGAUCACGAGCAUGCGCAGUUGCACGAUGAAGCCGCUGCCAAGUGGAUGGAGAUUUACGGGAGGCUGCAUAGUAUUUUGAGUAAGGCCGCUGACAAGGUGCUUGCUCCAGACGUCGCAAGGAAAUACCAUAUGUCAGUUACCGAACACGAGAUCCGUCGAGGAGUAAUGGAGUCGAGUUGUCCAGAAAAACAGUGCUUCUGGUUCAAGCGCGUCAUAAAAGACCUCAGAGAAAACGUCGACAAGCCCAAAGCACCUUUCUUCAUCGAUGUAGCUCGCCCAGAAGCUGCUGUCGACGAAACAGCACAAGAUCUCCUAGACAGCCUCAAAGCACAAGAAAUGUCUUCUCUCUUACCUAAAGAUAACGUUAUUCAAUAUGAAAUACAUUGGAGUGAAGAAGGAAUAGAUCCUAAAUCCAGCGAAGAACAUGAAAAAUACAUAGACAAACUGUGUGAUAACUUCUAUGAGGUCUUGACCAAGACCAUCAGUGACGGCAUCGAGAAAAAGAAGUCAAUUCAGCCGAAAGAUUUACUUACUAAAGAACUUUAUCACCAAGGAUUGUUCUGUAAGAGGAAGUGUCAGUCGUUCCAUGGAAGGAAAGAGUUUUUGAGUACGGUUAAAAAUAAGUUACUAAACGAUGGUGCUAAACGAACUGUUGUUAUCCAUGGAGAAUCUGGUUGUGGGAAGACCUCAAUCAUGGCUAAAAUUGCAUCUGAAAUGAGAAAAUGGAUCACUGACAAGUUCCAGCAUCCUGAAGAUUCGUUUUCAAGUAUCGAGAUUUGUGUGGUAGUGUAUCGAUUCCUUGGUACAUCACCUGAUAGCUCCAGCCCUCGCCCGUUAUUGCACAGCAUUUGUGAGCAACUUUGUCGAGUAUCAUCACAGCCAUCUAGAAAAAUACCAGAAGAUAUGAAGUCGUUGACGGAAUACUUCCCAAAAUGUCUGGCAGCUGCAGCAUCAUAUCAUCCCAUCAUUCUUCUCCUUGAUUCCUUGGAUCAAAUCACCGGUCAGGGGUGGUCUCAGGAGUUAAAUUGGUGGCCAAAGGUUCUCCCUAAAAAUGUCUACGCUGUACUCUCGACUCUCCCUGGAAGAGAGUUUCAUUGUCUGUCCUACUUAAAGUCCUACCUUCCACCACACUGUUUCCUUGAAGUGCCAAAGAUGACUUACGAGGAAGCGGAAGUAAUCUUGGACAGUUGGCUCAAUUCUGUCAAGCGGGUUCUCCAGCCACAACAGAAGAAGAUCGUACUUGAUGGCUUCAGAGGUUGUCAGUUACCCUUAUAUCUGAAGCUGACAUUUGACGAGGCGAGUCGCUGGAAGUCCUAUACACCAGAAAACGAGACACAGAUUGGGGCGGAUGUUGAAGCGAUAAUCAACGCUUUGUUUGAUUGCCUAGAGAAAAAAUAUGGAAAGAUUCUUGUAAGCCAAGCUUUUGGUUAUAUUACCGCAUCAAAGUCUGGGCUAACGGAGCUUGAGUUAGACGACCUCUUGUCUCUAGAUGAUACCGUCCUGAAUGAUAUCUACCAGUUCUGGACUCCACCAAUCAGGCGUAUGCUGCCGUUGCUAUGGUUUCGUUUGCAUUCAGACGUAGAAGAUUACUUGAUCAAAAGAGGUGCUGAUGGGGUGCCUGUGGUGUAUUGGUAUCAUCGUCAGUUUAUCGAGACUGCAAAGAAAAGAUAUCUAGAUCCAGAGAAAGUCGAGGAGCUACACAAAAGCAUGGUGGAAUACUAUGUUGGCAAGUGGGCGGAUGGAAAGAAGAAACCUUACAUCAAUGACAGUGGUGUCGAGGUUCCAAUGGAUAGGCUGGUAGCGAGCCAGCCAGUGUUGUACGACGAAAACCCCGAGCAACCCGUCUUCAACAAGCGUAAACUAAGCGAGCUUCCCUUCCACAUGAUCCACGCUAGGCAACUAAAUGACCUCAAAAAAGAAGCUUUCUGCAAUUUUGAUUUUCUUUCCGCUAAGCUGCGAGCAACGUCUUUGGAAGAACUUCUGGAAGAUUUUGCGUACGCAACCUCGAUAUUUGACAACGACGAUGACCUGCAUGCCGUAAACAGGUUCUUUCAUUUGUCUUCGAUGGCCUUGAGAAAUGAUCGCAACCAACUUGCUUCACAAAUAAUCGGGAGACUUGGACCCUUCACAAAUGACGACAAGCACCCGUUUGUUGGCAAACUGGUUAAACAGGCUCAGUCAUCCGGCGUAACAGGUUUACCAAAUUUUGUUACCAGUGAAAAGUGCCUUACUUCUCCUGGAGGUGCGCUGAUUUCUUCGUUGACUGUGAAUGACCAAAACGCAUGCUGUAGUUUCAGCUGUGAUGGUGUGCACGUCUUCGUGGGGUCGUCCAAUAAAGAGGGUCUUUGCCUGCAAGUUUUGGUAAAUUCAAAUGGAAAACUUGUUCGACAAUUCAGCCUGAACUUACCCGAGAAAGAAAGAGCGUUUCGUUGGACACUGAAGGCGAGCGCUCUUCAUAAGGAUCUUGUUCUUGUUGGUGGCGCGCAAAACAUGAUUUUACUCGACACGAAAACAAAACACAUUGUAAAAACGUUUCAUGUUCUAAAAGAAUCCAUGAAGAAUUUUGCCUAUCCAUUUGCCUUCCUUAACGGAGAGAAACAAAUUGCUGCAGUUAGUGAUGAAGGAGUAAAAGUAUGGAACACCGAUGACAGAAAGGUGAUGCACUUUAUCUCUUUACCUGGAGUCACUGUAGAUACAGUGAAAGCUCUAGAUGCACAAGGUAAAUGGGUCGUGUAUAGCGUACAAGAUGAUGGCUUCAACAUCCUGAAUGCUGAAGAUGGGAAUCAGGAAACUAUCUUCAAGCUACAGGACACCAUCAAAGAAAUCAAAAUCACAGAAAGAGAAGAGGUUAUCGUCCUCACAUCAAAACGAAAGAAGCUACACAUCUUUGAUCUCAAAUCUAAAGGGCUGAUCCGAGAAGUUUCGGAAUUUGAGUGCUACUUUGGAAUAAAUCGUUUACAACUCACCAUGGAUGGCACCAAAGCUGUCAGCUUUACAGACAAGGAUAUCUUGAUUUCAACACUUGAAACAGGGCAAGUACAAAGAAUCCCAAAACCUGAGCUCUUUGAAGAAAACAUCGAUUGCACACAGCUCUUUUCUAGCGAUGGCGUGAAUGUUUUUGCCGUUGGCUACGACAAAGUUCUCCGUGUCUACCAUCUUGAUAAGUUGGCAAACAAUGACAAGAUCGAACAGGUAUCAGAAAGGAAGUUACUAUCAGGAACGAUAAGUAGUGUGUACCCUAGUUACGGUAACCGUUACCUUCCAACCAAGACAAUCACUAAUGGUCAAAAGGAACUAACAAUUUGGGAUGUCAAGGAUAACAAGCCAAGACGAGUGCGUUGCCUUAGACACGAGGAGGGAAUAAACGAGUUGCGCAUGUGCAGUCCAACUAGAGCUGUAGCCAAGUUUUUCAGUGAAGGGAGUGAGAAUUGCGGAUUUGGAGUCUUGGAUUUGAAAGAAGGAAAGAUUGAAAGAUAUUUGCCUGGGGACGCCAACCUGUUGUGGUCAGUGGGCUUCACCGAUGAUGUCCAUUUUAUGGCAUUUUCACGGGAGAAAAGACGUCUUCAAGUUUGGGAUAUCAACAAAGGAGUCAUCACUUUCAAACAUCGCUUUGACAAAAAACAGCCCAUUUCAGAAGCCUUAAUGAACAGAGAUCGAAGCUACGUUAUCUGCGGUCUUGUCAAGAAUGACAAAUUACCUCACAAGUCCUUGCCUCUGAUUGCAUUUGACUGCCGAAAUAACAGACAUCAUGUUCUCAAGAUGAAGAAACAGCAACUGACAUUACAUUCUGCGUCUAUAUCUCACGAUGGGAGGUUCCUUAUCGCACUUACCCUUGAGACAGUGCCCACAUUGUGGGACGUUCCAUCUGGGAAGCUUUUAUUUGUCUUGCCUAUAGACUCUGUCCACGCUACUGGAGUAUCUUCACGAAGGAAUAUUGCCAUUACCUGUAGAGGGGAGGCUGAUGGUGUAUUGCAACUAUGGAGCAUUGAGACAGGCUGUAUCUUGUCCCAAUUUGAUACCGAGCCAACCCACAAGAUCCUGAUAAAUGCAGAUGAGAAUGUAGCCUAUACUUUUCAGGCUAACAAUUUCUACUCAUGGGAUCUGGCCAACAGGAGGCGAUUGGCAUCCUUCACUAUGGACUGGGCACCAAUUCCAAGGCACGUUUUUGAAGUGGGGAACGCCGUCGUGGUCCCUAUACCAGAGGCCCCAUUAAUAACGUCCUUGAGACUGCAGGGACAAGGCUACGAUGGAGCGGAAGUAGAGUCAUGUGAUGAGGCGUACAGUGACGUCACAGUUGAUGGCAAACUUCUUUUCUCAUCAGACACUUGAUCAGCACGUCGCUUAGCACUACUACAUAAACAAUGGUCGAAUAUUUCAGUGACGAAGCUGCAACUUUUCAUUUAGUUCACAAUUGCAAAUAAACAAAUCCAAAGAUAAGGAAACUCUAUGGACGCUGAGCAGAAUAUUAGUCGGGGAGCGCUCAAAGAGCCACAGCCACAAGUUAUGAUGAACGAACUAUUGAAAUAGUACCCUUGGAGCAAGUGGCGGAAUACAGCUCAGUUUGGAGGGCAAGCAAAACAAUAGUUUUCCAAUUCUUAGGAGAAUGAAAUUCUUUUGUUUUGUCCUCUAAAUCGAGCUCCUUUGACGUCACUUGGAAGAGGCUUAUAUGAUACUGCCAUUGAGAAGUUCACUUGCAAGGGGUUUAUAUGAAACCCAAGCCGAACCUUUGAUAUCUUCUAUAUUUUUGUAUGAGCCAAUUUAGAUAAAUAAAUUGUAAUCAACUGUAA